AUGAAAGUACGCCUCGAGCUCGACGUGCACCCCUCCGAAGCCCUGCGCGUCGCCUCCCUCGUCUCCGCCCUGCACAACUUCGUCACCGUGCUCUCGACCUACUCCGCAGCCCCAGACCCCUCGCCCCCCCUCGCGGCUCAACCCUCCUCUCCAAAUCCCUCCUCCCCCCACUCCCCCGCCCUCUCCGAAACCACCUCCGAUUCCGACAGAGAUUCCCCUCCCCUCAGUCCCACCAAUGCCUCCGCCUCGUCUCCACCGCCCACAUCCGACUUUCCGCCAUCCCCAAUCCCGAGCGAGCCGCCGCGCCCACCCCCGUCUGCGGCCCCGUCCUCGUACUUUCCGUCCCCAGAUGUUACCCUCUCGUCACAAGCGCUCAACAGUUUGAUACCGACCCUUGGUCCGCCCGCACCGUCAGAUCAUUCGCACACCCCGCCCGACUCGCAUCAAAUCCCAGUUAAGCCCCAGCCUCAGCAACCGCCGGGAGACACGAAUAAGACUUCCAUAUCUGUCGAGCUGCAGAACCUCAUCACCGCCAGCCUCGCUGCACCGCCGUCACCCACGCAACACCAAUCUGCUCGGCCCCCCUCCCCCCCACGCCGGCCUCUCUCCGUAUGUAAGCGAGAAAAGCAGGCCCACAGGCACACCCAACGCUCAAGAAGAUCAAAAUGUGGAUCACGCCCCAAAAAAAUAGACGUUCUCGACCGUACUGCUGAUACACCAGGGAAUCGCAACUCCCACACAAGCUCCGGUAUCAAUGGUGAGCGCCAUACGAGCGAGGAAUUGGAGUCAUCCAACUCAUCCCGCCGCGGUCGUCGCAACAACCACGAGACAAACCUGGGCACUGUGCGUCGAAAGCCUCCCAGGACAACUCGCGCAAAUGGCAACGCAGAGAAUUCCAAUUCGAGCUCCUCCUCCAAGUCGAAAGGACGACAACGCCCGCCGUUCACCCCCAUCACGUCGCCGCGGGUAAUAUUCGAGGCCGUCGCGAGAGACGGGAUAUCCGUCAAGCAUGCCGUGUCCAACCUGCAGGGCAUGCUUUCACGGACGUCGAGUCCACUCUCAGAAAAGACGCUCGUCAGCGCUGCCGUUGCAGAAAUGGGAACCACGGCGAGUUUGGCGCAGCACCCGCACCGCGGAAUUAACAUUGUUCGCGUCUUUGCCAGUCUCGGUGAUGGCUAUCUUGCCGCGUUCCGCAAUCGCUUUGUGAUAAAGGCGACAAGGCAAUUUGCCAAGAAGAGGGAAGUGGGUUGUGAUGUCACUGAGUUUUUGGGGUAUUCGGAUGGUCUUUCUGCCUUGGUCCAUGAGAAAUGCAUUUCACCAGAUGCGGCGAUGAAGACCAUUUCGCGGCUAUUGUUGAAGGAGGGGCACUGGUCCGCCGCGAUUACUACUCUGUGCAAGAUGGCAGAGAUGUCAAACGGCGAGUUGGCGAACAACUGCCGCGACAGAGAACAGCUCAGGAACAUCAAAGGCCGGCUUGCCGAUUUGGCGCAAGAGAAGCAGUUUGCAUACGAUAUCAGUUACCUGAAUAAUACUUUGAAUUGGUCAAUACCGGUGGCAAAGGACAGUCCAUAA